AGAUGGUAGAAAUAAAUAUUUCGCAGCUGUAGUUUGUUUACAUCAGCAAUGGCGGAGCUACAUACAGAUAAAAUUUUAAUGGAAAUAUACAAGGAGCGGAACACUUUUAUACAUUUUUUUGACAGCAUUAUUGGUUUCCUGAUUCGCAAUACUAGUUUUGGCUUAAUACCAAUUGCGGAGAGGACACGCUUACAAGAAUAUAUAUUCAAAACAUUGUCGCCUUAUGAUCCUGUGAUAGAAACAAAUCCGAGUGUAGAAAAUGUUGCAGUAGUGACAAAGGAAAGCAUUGAAGAUGUUGUCCUAAAGUCAAAUUUCAAAAAUGGUGUCGUUUUUAGCAAUUUAUAUCGUAAAGCAAAUAAUUCGAAAGAAUGCAAUAGCACACAGUUUAACAUUACCAAGCCUGGAGAGCAAUGUUCCGAACAUUUUAUCAAGAAGUUUCGCACAAUUCUUCCAAAAACGGAGAAAGAAGUUGAAGGUAACACUUUGGCAAGUAUUCAAAUACUUAAUUCUGCAAAAUUAAAAAACCAUUCCAAGCGUGUGUAUAAAUGCGGAGAAUGCUCGGACAAAUUUACUGCCUUUCGUCAGCUAAAAGCGCAUGAAAAUCUCCAUGUAAACCAAACUGAUUUAGGAAUAAGCAUUUGUGAAUACUGUUGUAGCUUAUAUGCUAAUGCAGAGACUUUAGAGAAGCAUAUUAGUGAAAGUCAUAUGGAUGGCCGAUAUGUUUGUGUACCAUGUGCAAAAUUAUACAAAAGUCGUGGUCAAUUGCUAAAACACGUACUUUCCAAUGUGCACACUGCAAGUGCAUUAUUAUACUACUGCAGCCUAUGUCCCCGAUCCGAAAAAGUGCCAACCGAAUUUGUCUCGCGAACUUCCUUACAACAGCACUAUCAAGAAACACAUUUGCUCAUGCCAGUGAAUCAGGAUGAAGAUGAUGUGGAAAUUGAAAUGAAUGAGGAAUUUCUUGAUGAAUUUCUCUUAAGCAAUGUCAAUGAGAAUUCAUUUAAUUUUUCCGAAUGUUGGGAUGCUUUAGACCUAAAUUUGCCAGAUAUGUUACAUUUAACAAACACUGAUGAAAAAUGUACUGACACCAAGAAUAGUGCAAUUUUAAAUUCUCAAUUGUGCUUUAAGUGUCCAAAAUGUUUUGAAGGGUUCUUAAAUCAGAAAACUCUGUUACAACAUAUUGCUCACAAACAUGAACUGCCUGUAUUAAUAUGCAGUAAAUGCGACGCUAGCUUCAAGGAUUAUACACAACUGAUCCAUCAUAAGAGUAUUCAUCAUAUUCAAAGCGGUAUUGAACGAAAGGGAAAAUUGCUCAAAUGUGAAAUUUGUGAUAAAAUAUUUUGUAGCAAUGCAGCAUUAAACUAUCACGUGAAAACUCAUUUACGCAUAUUUUUAGAUGCUCCACACGAAUGUCCAUAUUGUAGAAAAGCUUUUUACACUGACACCAAUUUGAAACAACACAUACGUGUAGUACAUUCACAAAUAAAACGAAACACCUGUGAACUCUGUGAUAAACCAUUCGCAACACUUGAUCAUUUGAAGAAACAUGUGCUAAGUCAACAUCAAAACGAACGUAAACAUAUUUGUCACAUUUGUGCGAAAUCCUUUACCCAACUGUGUCAUCUGAAACAGCAUUUGGCCAUCCAUACCACUGGGAAGACGCAUCAAUGUUUAAAGUGCGAAGAGAAGUUUUGGCGGAAGAUCGACGUGCAGCGCCACAUGCUAAAAAAGCACACAUAACUAAAAUAAUGACUUACAAGAUAAACUUUAUUCAAUUUUUUUUUUUAUUAUUUGCCAAUAUAUUUCUAAAAAUCCCACUAAUAUA